AUGAAGAUUGCUAUUAUUUUAUGGGCAUGCGUGGGACUGGUCGCAGCGGCCAGCUUCCACAAGACGCAUGAGGUCCAGAUUGCGGACAAGACAUUCCUCGAGAAGCAGAAAUUCCUUUUCGAAAUUGUCUACCGUGUUGAGGAUCCUCUGAUGUUUGAGGAGUAUAUCAAAAUGGGCGACAAAUUCUACUUCGAUGAAUCAUAUUACACCCAUUAUGACCUGUACAUGACGAAAUUCUGGGAAGCCUAUAAGAUUAACGCCCUGCUGCCCAAGGGCGAGUUCUUCGGCGAGCUGGCCAUGUCUCAUGCUAAACAAGCUCGCGGUCUGUUCAACUUCUUCUACUAUGCCAAGGAUUGGGAGACCUUUAAGCACAACGUAGCUUGGGCCCGCAUGCACGUCAACGAGGGCAUGUUCGUCUACGCGUUGACGCUCGCUGUCAUCCACCGCGAUGACUUCCACGGCCUGAUGCUUCCCUCCAUAUAUGAAAUCUUCCCGCAGUUCUUCUUCAACAGCAAAUUCAUCUAUGAAGCUGAGAAAUUCGACUAUGAAAUGUGGAUGAAGAUGAACAUGUAUGAGAAAGAGUAUAUGGAUGUGUUCUACAAAGGACGUGGCAACAAAUACCAAUAUGGUGACUACAUGUACAUGAAGGACUGGAAAAUGUGGCAGUGGUGGAAGCUGAUGGGUCUUGGCGAGCACUGGUAUUCUGAGCAAAAGUUCAUGCUGCGCGAAAAUAUCUACGAAUUCAACCAGGACUCCAAAUGGUUGACCAUGAUGAAGGAUCUCAAAGUUUGGUGGAUGCCUGUCGAUUAUACCCGCGAUCUGGAUGUUUACAACGAGGAGUCCAAACUGUCCUACUUUACCGAGGAUUUGGGCUGGAACGCUUACUGGUAUUACUUAAAUUUGGACUACUCGUUCUUCUUGGAUGGCAACACCUUCGGUUUGAAAAACGAUCGUCGUGGUGAAUGGUGGUUGUACAACGUCCACCAGUUGCUCUCUCGCUACUAUAUGGAACGCUUGUCGCACGGAUAUGGUGAAAUACCAGAGUUCGCCUGGUACCAUCAGAUCGAGAUGGGCUAUGAUCCUCAGCUGAUCUAUUACAACGGUAUAGGAUAUAGCUACCGCAAGAACUACUACGAAAUGGAGACAUACGGCAAUUUCGACAUGCUCAACCGCAUUACAAGCUUCAUGAAGCGCGUCUAUAAUAUCAUCGAGAUGGGCUACUACAAGACAGUGGAUGGACAUAUGAUCGAUAUGCGAAAGCCCGAGUCGAUUGAGUACAUUGGCAGCAUGAUGCAGGGCAAUGUUGAUGCCAUGGACAAGAUGUUCUACCAAUUCUGGUAUAUGCUGGCACAUAUGUACUUCGCUGACACUGACUAUCAUCAGAUGGAUGUCUACCCGAACGUAAUGCUGAACUUUGAGACGAUGAUGCGCGAUCCCAUGUACUACAUGUUCUACAAGUCCAUUUCCCAAGUGUACUUCAACUUUAUGCAUUAUCUACCAAAAUACACUAAGGAGCAGCUUCUGAUGCCGGGCGUGACUAUGAAGCAGGUGGAGGUCAGCGAACUGGUCACCUAUUUCGAUCUGGUUGAUUUCGACGUUACCAAUCUAAUGAACGACAAGAUGGUGUUCCACGACGGCAAGUUUGUGUGGGACAAGUCCCUCUACGCGCGUCAGAUGCGCCUCAACCACAAGCCUUUCAGCUACACCUAUACUAUUGAGUCGGCCAAGACCGAGAAGGUAGUCAUUCGUGCAUUCAUUGGACCCAAAUUUGACGAAUACGGUCGUAUCAUCUCGCUGAUGGAAAACCGCGCUAACUUUAUGGAACUGGACGAGUUCGUUUAUGAUUUGGCCGCAGGUAACAACGUGAUCAAGCGCAGCUCCAACGACUUCUCCUGGACCGUGAAGGAUCGCACUUCCUACACAGAACUGUACUACUACGUAAUGAUGGCGUACAAUGGCAACUAUGACUUCCCUCUGGACAUGAGCGAGCCCCACUGCGGCUUCCCCGAUCGCCUCGUGUUGCCGAUGGGCUGGAAAAAGGGUAUGCCAAUGCAAAUGUUCUUCAUGGUUAUGCCAUACAAGGCACCGAUUUCGCAUGAACAAUACUCCACGUUCGACUACACCUACUCUUGCGGCGUCGGCUCUGGAGCUCGCUAUGUCGAUAGCAUGCCAUUUGGUUAUCCGUUCGAUCGCGAGAUCGAUGAAUACGAAUUCUUCGUGCCCAACAUGUACUUCAAGGAUGUCAUGAUUCAUCAUAUUGACACCAUGGAGCCCUAUUAUCAAUACAAGGGCUAUACCGAUUACGGACACUUCGACUACAGCUUCUUCCGUGACUACUACACCAAAUACUUCAAGUUUUAAGCACCUUUGUGCCUCUACUAAGUACGGAGCGAUUAUGGCGACUAACAUCGAACGAACAUUCUGAAACUGUUACGGGUAAAUGCCCCUUUUAUUAUCUACUUUUAAACUUGAGCAAAAUAAAUAGAUAUUCAAAAUAAAAAA